AGAGUGACCACAGCCUGACCCUACAUAGGGGUCAGCAACCACCAGAGCUCGCUGGACCUGCUGGGGAUGAUGGAGGUGCUCCCCGAUCGCUGUGUCCCCAUCGCCAAGCGGGAGCUGCUCUAUAUGGGGCACUAUGGGGUGGGUUUAGGGACUCAGCCCCAUAACCCCAUAACCCCAUAACCCCAUAACCCCAUAACAGGGAUGAUGGAGGUGCUCCCCGAUCGCUGUGUCCCCAUCGCCAAACGCGAGUUGCUCUAUAUGGGCGCGGUGGGCGUGGCCUGCUGGCUGGGCGGGAUCAUCUUCAUCGACCGCAAGAAAACGCACGAUGCCAUCAGCGUCAUGGCCGAGGCAGCGCACACCAUGCUCAGCCAGGACGUUCGGGUGUGGGUGUUUCCUGAGGGCACGCGGAACCACAGCGGCUCCAUGCUGCCCUUCAAACGCGGCGCCUUCCACUUGGCCGUGCAGGCCCAGGUGCCCGUGGUCACCCCAAACCCCUGA